AGGAACUAUAAAAUGACUUCACGUGAAGAACUUUCUAAUGAAGAGCUUUCUGCUAAGCUCACAGAAUUAUCAGAAUGGGAGAAUCAGAUGUCCCACACUGAAAAGCAGCUUGAAAUUACAAGGUUAAAGAAAGUGCAUCCAUUGUAUGAAAAACGAAGAGAAAUUUUGAAAAGUAUUCCAAAAUUUUGGUAUAUCGUGCUUGCUGAAGGUGAUGAAUUUGUAGAAUAUGUCAAUUUGGAUGAUUUGAAGUAUAUAGAGUUCAUUGAUGAUAUUUACGUGUAUUAUCCAAUUGCUGAUACUGAUGUGAGCGAAGACAACUUUAAAGAUUUUUCAAUUACUAUUAGCUUUGCCGAGAGUGAAUUAAUUCCUAAACAAACCGUGACUAAACAUUUCAAGACUAUAUUUGGGGAAGAAGGAGAAAAGAUAACAUCAGAACCAGUAGAUAUAAUCUGGCCUACGGAUAUUGAAGAUCUUAACCCCAGGGCAAUAAAGCAAAAGAAUAAAGGUAAACAAUUGUCUACUGAAGAUAAGAAGAAUUAUCGUGCUGGUAUGAGAUCAUUUUUUGCAUGGUUUCAAUGGACCGGAGAAAAGCCAGGUAAAGAGUUUAGAAACGGGGAAGAUUUAACCAAUUUGAUUGUAGAUGAUUUGUAUGUGAACGCUUUAAAGUAUUAUACCCUUGCCUUGGCUUCUGAAGAAGACGACUAUGACGAGGAAGAAGAAGAUUCUUCGGAAGGAGAAGAAUUGGAUUUAAGUGAGGAUGAACCGAAUGGUAAGAAAAGACCUUUGGAAGAAGAGACAGGAACAAGCAGUAAAAAGUCAAAGUAGAUAACGUUUAAUAAAUGUCUGCCUAAAUAAACACUUUUAUUUUGUUUCAGCAACUAAUCUUUGAAUCACAUGGAACCCUUCAAACAUUUGUAAACCAUACCAUGCCAAUCUUUGCUUUAACGGAGUACGAUACUUUUUUAAAUAAUUUCUAGUAAAGAAGGUGAUUUCCCCGACAUGAAUUGCAAACAAUCCAAGAGCAAUCUUCAAGGAAUAAACCUCAAAUUUCUUAUAAUAUGGUAAUUCCACAACACUUUUCAACAAUGGAAGACUUCUAAGUAAAUUUGGAUUGAAGAUAUUAAGAAACAAAACAACCCACAAGAAAAAUGUAGGGCCACUGGCUAAAGUUGGUGGCGUAACUUUUGUCAACUUUUUGACAGCAAACCCUUGUUCUUUAGCACAAUAUUUUGCCAUAGCAAUCAAUUUCGCCUUGAUGUCUUUCAUUUGUUCAACAGGUACAUGUUCGUCUUCAAGGGCGUCAUCCCAAUAAAUUGCAAAUGACUUGGAAGUUUCUUCUGACUUUAAAUUAUAUUCAAUAACCAACUGUUUAUCAUCAACCUUGACGAUUUUCACGGAUUUCUCGAGCAAAUUAUCUGGUUUAACUUCGGCAUAUACAGCUAGAUAAUCAAUUAACGCCAACUGAUGGUCUGCAUUCAUAUGGCUUAUUAUACGUUCUGACAGCAUUAUUCCUCACAAAGCCUCUUUGUUGAACUUUGAAUGGAAAAAAAUACAAUAUGAAGAAGGAAUUUGAAUUAAAUAUGGAACUUCAUAUGAUUAUAUCAUGUCGUGCAUAGCUCAAUUCCGGAUUAGGUUAUUCAUUAUAGCGAAUUACCAGGAGAGCAAGAAUUACCAAGAAAAAACUAACUCCGAACUUUCCUGGAGAGGCGGAGCUUGAAAACAAAAAGUUUUACCACACAUUAUGGAACAGUUUCUGCCAGUCAUACUACUCUCCACCAAAAAAAAAAAAAGCAAUCCUAUUUGGUGAAUAAUCUGACGCAAGCGUAUAUAGGCAAACUUAUGAUAAAAAUAUGUUACAUAAUUUCCGAUAACAAAGUUUAUCUGAUGUUGUAUCAGGUGAUUCGCCUUACAAUGCGGGUAGCCAAAAAUGGAACUGGAGACCAACGGAAAAAAACCCCAGCGGAAAAAAACCUAUCAAACUAUAAAUUCCGAUGUAAAUUUCCAAUUUACGUAAAUGCACCAUCGCACUAAAAGUCAUCACAGUUCCUUUAAAUAUUUCCAACACAUUACACCUUCCAUUUGAUAAUAUUCACUACUUUUUAUGUUACAUUCAGUUAUUAAUAGUCAACCACUGCUGCCUUCACCACAAAAUGGAGCCAUACACCACAAGAAAGUACUACCUAGAGAUGAAGAUGUAAAAUUAUCCCAUAUAAAGCAAGAACGGAUGCGCAGUCCUGUGCCGGAUUUUGCCAUGUCACAUUUCCUUAACGAUGAAAUAAGUUACUUAUAUUGGUUUCAAGACAUUGAAGAAAAUUUGCAAUUGUAUCCUCAAUUUAAUCCAUAUUUUGUCCUUGAUAAAAUCCCCCUACUGGGAUACACUUUGGAUUAUCAAGAUAAAGUAAAGAAAGCCACUGCUAAAUGCAUAGAAAAUCCCGACGUUAAUCAAUAUUUGAAUUUUCAAUUGUACAAUUCUAUAAACCAAUCAUUACAUUAUUUAGUGGGGGAUAAAACCUUUAUUGAAAAUUUUGAGGCAAUAAAGUUUCACUUUCACCAAACAAUAAACCCAUUCUACUUGAUGACAUUAGAACACCAAUUAAGUUUUGAUUUGAAUAACAUAUUGAAAUUUUUGACGGAUUUAGAUAAUUUGACAAAAGUAUACACACUCACAUUCCAAAGACCUCCAACUAAUGAAUUGAAAUUGGAGUGGAUUAUGAGAUGCUUGAAUCAUUAUAGUGACAUAUCACGAGAGAUCCAAUUGAACUGGGAACAGAUUAAUAAAGAUCCAAUAUUGAUUAGAAGGAUUUUGACGAAAUAUGCCAAUUCAAGGAUGAAACUUAGGAAACGGAUUUAAACUGUAUUAUUUAGGGAAUUUUUUAUAGAUGUUAGUAAUGUACAAUUAUAUUG